CUGUUGGGAAACUGGAAACCAUGAAAACUUUACCAACCUCAUCUUCCAAGUCCAUCAUUUACAUGCGUAAAGAUGGAGGCUUUUCUUCUUCUUUUAAGGAUCUUUCUCGCAACAGAGCUCAACUAUCUUUUUUCCCUUCGAAAGAUGUUGUUGGAAUCCGGUUCUUGCAUCUUCUUUCACUGCAACCCAGGCGUCUUCACCCUGUUCUUUCAACUCUUUCUUCCUCACCAGACUCACAGGUGGACUUGGGGAAUAUAGAAACUCAACCUGAACAAGAAAUUCCAUCCAAGACUAUUAAUGUCAAAUUCCAGUUACAGAAAGAGUGUUCCUUUGGAGAGCAUUUUUUCGUUGUAGGGGAUCAUCCUAUGUUAGGGUCAUGGGACCCAGAAAUUGCUGUACCACUGACUUGGUCUGAAGGACAUGUUUGGACGGCAGAGCUGGACAUACCUGUUGGAAUAUCUAUCCGAUUCAAAUUCAUUCUCAAAACUAGCACUGGGAAACUUUUGUGGCAACCGGACCCUGACCGGAUAUUCGAAUCCCGCGAAACCAAGAAUAUCAUUAUUGUUUGUGAAGACUGGAAAAAAGCUGAAAAACAGAAAGUCAUAGAGGAAGAGCCGAUAGCUAAUCGAGAUGGACAUCUUCUUGAUUAUGAGAUGGCAAUUGUUGCAGAAAACUUGACACCUCCAAAGGAAGAACUAGUCCUUGAGACAAAUCCCACCUCUCCUGCAAAGGAGCAAUUACAAGCAUUAUCUGAUGAUGAAUCAGCCACUGGUGAUGAUGAUCCUUCACCAGAGAAGCCCUUGGCUAUUGUUGCAGAGAAUAUUACAGGAGACUUGAUUGCAAAUGCAGAUAACGCAGUAUUCGGUUCGAAUAAAACUGACUACCCCAAUGAUGAAGCUUCGGAUGUUUCGAAUAAGAAUGUUUUGGUAGCAGAAGACUUUGGAGAUGCUGAUAAAGAAGAAACUGCCGAUGCCGAGGGAAAUCUGGUAGCAAAUGAAGGUAAUCCUCCCCUAGUGCCUGGCUUGAGUCCAUUAGCAACAAUGUCAGCUGAAGAAUCGAUGGUGAGUGAAGAUGAGAAGAUUAGUACAACUGAUGCAUCAGUUGAAGUUAAUGAAGCUUUAAAUCACAAAUUGUCCGAGUCAGAACAGAAGCUAGAACCCGAAGGUAAACCACAGGAUGAAGAAACAAUAGCGGUAGCUAAGGACGAUGAGGAACAGCUCAACCAUCAUAUUCUGGAACCCCUGGCAGCCGAAAAAGAAGAACCCGAUCCGGAGCCUUUUCGAAGCAACAUGUUGCAAAGCGAUGACCAAUGGGGCCGUAACACAUUGCAGAAGCUUCUCAGUGGUUUAAGAUUUCUGUAGCUCAUUUAGACUAUAUAGUCUCUGAAGUAUGAAUGCUCAUUGCCAUGCUUCGAUUCUGUUAGAUGAGAGGGUUAGAGACUGGUACUGCAUUAGUGCUGUUAGUAUGUACAUACAAAUAUUGCUUCCAUUUAUUUUGAUAUG